UUUUUUUUUCUCCAGCUCGGUGUGAAGCAGCUGCAGGUCUCCUCAAGUCUCAGACAGAGUUCCUCGGAGCAGGCGCGCGCGGCGAUCACGCGUCGGAACGGACAGACGCACGCGCGCCCCUGUGCCGUCUCAGCGCGCGCGAGCCCCUCCGUCCACGGCUCAGUUCACGCACGCGCUCCAGGACAACUUCUGCGGAGUCUGAUCUCAUCUGAUCAAAGUGAUCUCUUUAUAGCUUUAUAGACUUUUCCCUUUUAUUACGUCUGUGAUUUCUCCGAGCAGUGACACACACACACACACACACACACACACACACGCAUACACACGCCACACGCACACACGUCGCUCUGACACUGUGAGGAGUACAGCUUUAUGAGUUUAUUAUAAAUGUCUGCUGCAGGAGAAUAGAAUAGAGGAGAGAAGCAGAGGAUGAGUGAAAGAGUGUGGGAUCAUGAAGAAGUUCAGCUCUAACUGUGGACAGCAGAACUGAUUCACUGCAUCAGCAUACAGUGUUCCACAUGAAGUCCUCAGAGGGACGGAGGAGGAGGAUGGAGGUCCUGAGAUGGAGUGUGUUGGUGACUCUGACGUUACUCCUCGUGUUUCCCGAUGCUGCCGUGCCGUGUCCUCAUCCCUGCACCUGCUACGUUCCUUCUGAAGUUCACUGCACCUUCCGCUCUCUCACCCUCGUCCCCUCGGGAAUACACAGAGCAGUUCAGCGCAUGAAUCUCGGGUUUAACAGCAUCCUUCGACUUGAUCAGGAAUCUUUAGCAGAACUCAGGAAACUGGAGCUUCUGAUGAUGCACGGGAACAACAUCCAUCAAAUCCCAGACGGAGUUUUUCGAGACCUGAUUUCGUUACAGAUUCUGAAAAUGAGUUAUAAUAAAGUGAAAGUGAUCACAGGAUACAGUCUGUCUGGUCUCACGCACCUCGUAAGGCUGCACCUGGACAACAACCACAUCGAAUUUAUCCAUCCUGAUGCCUUCAGAGGGAUGACAUCACUCCGUCUGCUUCAUCUCGAAGGGAACCGUCUGCAGAAGCUUCAUCCUUCUACCUUUAGCACGUUCUCCUUGUUAAAUUAUUUCCCUGUGUCCACUAUCAAACACCUGUACCUGGCGGACAAUUAUCUAACGUCCCUGCCGAGAGAAAUGCUGAGAAACAUGCCUCAUAUGGAGAACCUUUUUCUGUAUGGAAACCCCUGGACCUGCGACUGUAGGCUGGACUGGCUUCAGGAUUGGACGACUCGCCAUUCAGGUGUUAUGAAAUGCAAGAGGGAUAAAGCACAUGCUAAAGUUCAGGUUUGUCCAGUGUGUUCCUCACCACAGCAUCUGAGAGGAAAACAAUUAUCUGAACCCGGUGUGGAUUUCCGAUGCACUGGACCGGUUAUUAGCAACUCUCCAGGAAAGGACAUUUCUCAUGAGGAACACCUCAGCGAGCUUCUUUCUCUGGAAGACUUCAAGCCACCAAUAGGAAACAUCACGCUGAACCUGUCAGAUGAACAUGGAACCACUGCGGAUUUGACCUGCCAGGUUGUACAGCCGAGGGAGUCUGCAGAAAUCAGGUGGAAUUACACUGAGAGUUUGCAGAUCGCUGCUAACAUGACUCUCUCUGUGGACCUUGAAUGCCCAAUGGACAGGGAGAAGUAUACCAACUUAUGGAGACUGCUUGCAUACUACAGCGAGGUCGUUCUGCACCUGCGCAGGGAGAUCAUGUUAAGUAAAGAGCCUAAACUGAGCUACAGAUACAAACAGGACAUUGAGAGAGACGCACACUAUUACACAGGAGUCCGAGCGAAUGUUCUCUCACAUCCAUCCUGGCUCAUGCAGUCAUUCGUGAACAUACAGCUGAACAGGCCCUACUCCACCUUCAAGACUGUGAAGCUUAUUUUUACAACUCAGAUGUCUUCCACCACAGAUAGUGAGCAGGCAAGGUGGCAAAAGAGAUCGUGGGUUAUGAUCAAACACAACAAUGCCACCCAAACGACCUUUAGUUCAGUGGUGGGUGGUAUGAUUGAGAUGGACUGCAAAGUAGUGAGUUCUGGAGCUCCGAGCAUUCACUGGAUGUUACCGGAUGGCUCGAAGGUCAGGGCAUCCUCCAGUAGCACAAACAACCAUCGGUCUGUUUUAAGUACGGGAAAACUUCUUAUCAAAGCAGUGGAUCAUUCAAACUCCGGCGUAUAUUACUGUAUUGCUGAAGUUCUGGGAGACGUAGAUGUUCUUCCGUUUCGUUUAUCAGUUGUUGAAUCCUCCAGACCCCUCGCAGAUGCAGAGGUCAUGAUUGCAAGUUUCGAGAAGUUUGCUGGGGAAUCUGUUUAUUUGCCUUGCAAUACCACAGCAUCACCAGAUGCCGAUGUGAACUGGAUUUUUCCAGAUGACAGUAUAUUGAGCGCCCACGCAAACUCUUCUAAAGGUUUUAUCUUCUCCAAUGGAACGCUCUUCAUUCCUCAGUGCAGACCUGAUGAUAAUGGAAAUUACAAAUGUGUGGCACUGAAUCAGCAUGGUGAGGACACCGUUUCAGCAAAGCUCACUGUUACGAGACGGCAAGGAACGCAGCCUCUCCGACGGUAUCCCAUGAGGCCUCUGUCUGCGGCUGGUGUGUCCACAAAGGUCAGCGCAUUUUUAGAAGAUACGGAGGAGUCAUCAGGUGAUGAUACUGACCAGAAGAGAAUGCUGUCAAAUAGACGGUUUACGAAUCAAAAGAGGGGACCACAGUGGAGGUCCCGAGUCUAUCAAGGGCGGAAUGUGCAGAGACAUUUUCCAGGCCACAGGAAGCCAAUUAAGAAAGUUUUAAAUGGACAACAAAGGAAAGAUGUUUUUGUGAACAGAAGAAAAAUAAACAAAUCGAAGAGCAAAAUUGAUCCACAGAGAUGGGCUGAUCUUUUGGCCAAAAUCCGUGAGAAAACAGUUCAAAAUACCACAACACUGAGCUCUUACCCAGGUGUUACAGUAGAAAGGGUUCAGACUGUAGGUCCAGAAUCUCACAAUAACAUAGAGGGAUCUUCUCCAGAUGAUGUGUACCUACUGAAGGAAGAGUCAAAUGUCAUUAUCACGUCUGAAAAUCAUAAUAUCCUCACAGUCACAUCUCCUUCACUGCUGCACCAAAUAACUGCUCCUGAAUCAAGCGUUAGAUCAGAUGAAGUGACAGUGAGACCUGCAAAAUCCACAGCUGUAACUAAUUAUCUUAUCACUGAGAUAAAUAUCCUGGAGAGAAACCAUUUAAAUGCUUUAACUACCAGCACUUCAUAUCAAGAAGAAAGACAACAAAACCAUUUGGAAAAUAGUCCAGCUGCUCCCAAUUUCGAGUUAAAGAACGAGCUAGGAAUCUCACUGAUGUCUACUGAUCUCGACGAAUCCUAUCCAACAAGUGAAAAAGAUGGUGCACAGUGGAUUAUACACAGUACAGUAGAGACUACCAAAAACAUUUCAGAUAACAUUAUAAAGCAGAGAGCUCCUUCUCAUCCAUAUACCAGAACCCCUUGGAACUCUAGGAGGCGGUUUGGAAACAGGGGACGAAUCAACCGAUUAAGACUAAGGCCAUCUUCGCCCCUAAUCACUAACAGAUCACAGUUAUUUACAACACCCAAGACCACUGGAACACCCAACCAAUCAAUCACUGCAACAACAUCUGCCACAUUAACAGCAGGAACAUCUGCCUAUUCCACUGCUGCAUCCAUUACUUCUUCCCAAUACCUGAAAUCCCUAAGAGACAACAAUCGUAAUGAUCAUUAUCAAACAAACAUCUUGCUGUUAGCAGACAAAAUCAAUCCACUUGACAACAAAUUGGAGACAGAUGAAUUUUCCACACUCCAGACUACCGAACCAAGUCAAAGUGUCCAAUAUGGAUUACACCACGCACUCCACGUUACACCAGCAGGAAUGACUGUGAUCACAUCUCAGACAGCAAAUAAAGACACAACCAAAGAGAGUUGGCAAAACAUGCAGACAUUCUCUAAAGAGCUCUGGAUAAAUUACCACGUUGCUUUUACGGCUCAGCCAGAAGCAGAUUAUGAAACUCUUGCAGCGACUCAAGGGGAGUUCAUGACCAGACAUUCAGCCCUAAAACCAUCUCAGAUGUCUGUCACUGAAGAUGACAUGAGUCCUGACUCCAGUAGUCUGCACAACCUCAAGUCCACACAGCAAUCUGUCAAACCUGUAACUGCCCCAGUCAAACCAUUUCCACCCACAGUUACACUCCCACAUGAAGGCACUUCUAAAGCUGGAGAUUUUCUAAAGAAUUCUCUUUCUGAUUCUUCCAUGAAAUUUAACCAAACUGGGUUUAAAACCACAACCCUCCAGCCUGUUCUGGAGAAAUACAAUUCUGUUUCUCCCAUUAGGGCUCCAGGCCCAGAGGUGGGAGAUGCAGAGUUGCUGUCGCCGAACACAAGCAAGACUUCUGGUAUCAUUUCAACAACAUCUGUGUCAACAAUGACACCACCAACCUCUAAAUACGAUAGUCUAAUAACAGCAAAACUUCUCACAACAGCAACAACAACGACCACAACACCCUCAAUAACAACCACGGAGUCUGGAUUUAAUGCUCCAAUUACAACCACUGGUUUAGAAAAAACAACGUCUUUAAAGCACAGUAUUCCGACAGCAGAUAACAGAAUUCCAUUUCACUCAAAAAAUCCUCCAACAAACCACAUUCCUGAUCUGAAUCAUGGAAAAACCUUUCUGCAUAAAUUUCCCAAUCAGAGACACCCAUUUAUCAUCCAGAAAACACCUUCAGAUACAAAUCCAUCAGUGGACAUCAGAGCAGUUGGAACAAUAACAUCAAGAUCAACACCUAUAACUUUUACAACCUUCACUCAGACCACAAUUACAACUCCAACACCAUCUGCAAAGUCUGUUGGCAGAAUGCAGACAGGUGUACACACUCCUCACCAGCACACUGGCAGGAAUGACGCUCUUCCUCAGCCACCAUAUGUUCCUGUACUGAGAGCAAAGCCCAGAAUCACCAGCGAUAAUCUCACCACAGUCGCUGUGAAUGCUGAAACAGAUGUGCAGUUUCCGUGCAAUUCUGUGGGGGAACCUAAACCUUUUCUUACCUGGACCAAAAUCUCUACAGGGGCUCUUAUGUCAGCAAAUACCAAGAUCCAGCGAUUUGAGGUCCAGCCCAAUGGAACGUUAGUCAUCCGCAAUGUUCAGCUCCAGGAUCAUGGCCAGUAUCUCUGCACUGCUCUGACUCAAUAUGGUACCGAUAGGAUGGUAGUUACCUUGAUAGUUCUGACACAAAUACCAAAAAUCCUGCUCCCAUUGCAACAUGAUAUGAUGGUGUACAUGGGGGACCGUGUCAACCUCGAGUGUCAAGCACAAGGUCUUCCACGUCCCAAGAUAAGCUGGGUGCUUCCUAACCAGACGGUGGUGCAAGCAGUUAGCAGUAGGGAGCAAAGGCUGAUGCUGUUUAGCAAUGGCACACUGCAUAUGGAGCAGACUAGCUAUCUAGACACUGGAAUCUAUAAAUGCAUUGCCAGUAACGUGGCGGGAGCUGCAGCGAUAUCAAUCCGCCUUCACGUCACUGCCCUUCCACCGAUAAUCCAGCAACGGCGACAGGAGAACCAAACCGUUUCUGAGGGUAAGACCCUGUACAUCCACUGCAGUGCUAAAGGAGCCCCAUAUCCAGUAAUCCGCUGGAUCACCUUUGCUGGCAUGCAAAUCCGCCCUUCCCAGUACAUCAAUGGAAAUCUCUUUGUAUUUCCCAAUGGGACGCUAUACAUCCGUAACCCUACAGAAAAAGACUCCGGUACCUACGAGUGUGUUGCUGUAAAUGCCGUAGGUGUGGCUAAGAGGAGUGUGAAUGUGAAAGUGAAGCGGAUUUUCUCUACAGCUAAAAUCACCUUUACAUCACCUCUAAGUACUGAUGUCAGUUAUGGCAGCUAUCUGAAGUUAGACUGCAAUGCUUCAGGAAGCCCUGAACCCAAAAUCGUGUGGAAAACACCAGCCAAAAAACUCGUAGAUGCACAUUUCAGCUUCGAUCAGAGAAUAAAAGUCUUCAGUAAUGGCAGUCUCAUUAUUAAAUCAGUAACAGAAAAGGACCAUGGAGACUACCUCUGUCUGGCCAGAAAUAAAGACGGAGAUGAUUUUGUUCUCCUGAAAGUGAAUGUCCGAAUGAAAGCCGCCAGAAUCGAGCAGAAACAGUUAAAUAAUCACAAAAUUCUUUACGGAGGAGAUCUGAAGGUGGACUGUGUGGCAUCAGGUCUCCCCAACCCUGAGAUCAAAUGGAGUCUUCCAGACGGCACCAUGGUUAACAGUGUCAUUCAGUCCGAUGGCAGCGGAGGGCGCACGAAGAGGUACGUCGUCUUUGACAACGGAACCCUGUAUUUCAAUGAUGUGGGUAUGAAGGAGGAAGGAGAUUAUACAUGCUAUGCUGAGAAUCAGAUUGGCAAAGAUGAAAUGAAGAUCCGUAUUAGAGUUGUGGCUGCUGCACCGACUAUACACAACAGCACUUUUGAGGUGAUCAGAGUGCCCCAUGGGGAAACGGUAUCACUUACUUGUCAGGCAAAAGGACAACCUUCACCAACAAUAACAUGGUUUUCCCCAAACAACCACAUCGUAACUCUACUAGCAUCAAAUAAAUACCGUCUUAUCACAGAUGGGAGUCUUGAAAUCCACAAUGUCCACCGUUUGGACAGUGGAAACUACACAUGCUUGGCUAAAAAUACAGCCGGUUUGGACAAGAAGGUGGUUAGCGUGCACGUUGUGACUUCAGUGCCCAUCAUUAAUGGAGCAAAACUUCCCAUGACGAGAGCAGAAGAGACCGCUGAGAAGGACCAGCGAGUGCUCCUGCACUGCAAAGCUGAAGGAACACUGUAUCCCCAAGUCAUGUGGAUAAUGCCUAAGAAUGUUGUGCUUCCAGCUCCCUACUACAGCGACAGGGUCGUGGUCCAUCGCAAUGGUACUCUUGAUAUCCGCAACUUGCACAAAAGUGACUCUGCUCAGCUGCUCUGUGUAGCUCGCAAUGAGGCAGGUGAGGCCAGACUGCAGGUACAUCUUCAUGUUACAGAGCAGGCUGAGAAACCAAAGCUCAAAAGCAUAGCCACAGAGACAGUCCGAAUCACCAGCGGAGUUUCUGUGAUCCUUAACUGCUCCAUGGAGGGAAAGCCCCAUCCUGAAAUCACUUGGUUCCUUCCCAAUGGAACAAUCCUAUCGAGCGGAACAAGCAAUUUCCAUUUUGAACAUCUCCCUGAUGGCGCUUUGGUCAUUAGAGAGCCUUCUGAUUCAGAAGCAGGGAUUUACCGCUGUGUAGGACGUAACCGUGCAGGUUCAGUUGAGAGGACAGUGACUCUGGAGUCCAACCAGAAACCCAUCAUCCAAAGCAAGUACACCUCAUUGGUCAGCAUUAUCAAUGGUGAGAACCUUCAGCUGAACUGUCUGUCAAGCGGAAACCCGAAUCCCAAGCUUACCUGGACUCUACCAAAUGGAGAAAUCCUCGCUAGGCCGUGGAAAACGGGAAGAUAUGUCAUUUUUAACAAUGGCACCUUAACAGUCCAGCAGGCUUCAGUCUACGAUAGGGGAACAUACCGCUGUAAUUCUGCCAACGAGCACGGAGUCUCGUCCAUGACCGUUGCGGUGAUCGUGAUCGCAUAUCCACCGCGCAUUACCUCCGGACCUUCUGCAGUCACUUAUAGUAGAUCAGGACAUGCGAUCAAGCUUGACUGUUUGGCCAUCGGAAUCCCAAAGCCAGAGAUAGUUUGGGAAAUGCCUGAUAAAACCCAGCUCAAGUCAGGCCCCCAUAUACGACUUUACGGCAACAGGUACAUUCACCCACAGGGUUCUCUGGUCAUCCAGAACCCAUCAAGCAGAGACAACGGCUUCUAUAAAUGCACGGCCAAAAACGUGAUUGGCAGUGACAUCAGAGAGACCUACGUUUAUGUGUUUUAAUAAAAAUAUGAAGGCAUAUCUACACGCCUUGAAGAACUGCAGUGCAGAGAAUACUGUUAAUUUUAAUUUACUGUUAAAUACUAUUCUGUAAAUACAGCAUUAAAGCUAAUCAUAUGAAUGGAUAUGAUACAGAAACUGCUGCUUUCUGGAUGCUUUGAGGAACCUAAUGGUGUUUGGUUUAGAUUUUAAUAGUGGGCUCCAGGGACUUGGUGAUACGGUCUGCAGUUCUCUCUCUCUGCUGCGGUGGUGGAAAAUUGCAGUUCUUAAAUUAAUAUUAAGUCUUUUUAUAAUAAUAACAAAACUAUUUUGAGAAUUUUUAUUAAAUAAAAAAGUUUGGAAUAAAAAGUAACCCCCACCUUUUUUUUAUUAUUUUAAUUAUACACUCAAAUGUGUUAUCAGGAAGUUUAUAAAACAACAGCAUUCUAAUAUAACUACACUAUAUUUUAUUUUUAAGGACCAGGAUUUUUUUUUUUUUGCUUUAGCUUCAUUUUUUAGCUUUAGCAACACUUACAAUCUCUGUUUUAACUUAUUGCAUUUUAAAGACUAAUAAAUAUCAUGUUAAAGCUAUUGAAUAUAUUUUUCUGCACUUUGCAUCGACAUUUUAAAUAAAAUUACACAAUUUCAACGAAUUAAUCAAUUACAAAAGAUGUGCAAGAAAUAAUCAGUGUCUUGUCUUCUGUUGAUUGAGUUUAUAGUCAUCAGUUUAUUUAAACAGUUAACAGUUACAGUCUCUACAGAAUCUGUAGGUUCUCUUCUAUAUUUUUUCAUGAUGAUGAUGAUGAUGAUGAUGUGAAAAUGUGACAUUCAUGAAAAAAAUGAUUGUGUAAAAUUGGCUUCUUUGUGGCUUAAAGAACAAAUUAAAGAUUGAUUUAUGGGAAGUCCGAAAAGCAAGAAAAAAUAAUAACAGCCUCAAACAGUUGUGUAAAGCCAUUCUACAAAACCUGUAACAUCUGGAUUUUGAUGUGUGUAAGUCUAGGUGACGAACACCACGUAUGAAAUUAGCACAAACAGCUGUCCUGCUAAUGCUGUGUUUUUGGCAGUAAUUUCUGUACUUAUGAAACAGUGAAUGGAAUAAAAAAAGCUACUAAUCAAUAGUCUUAAUGAUAGACAUAUUGCUGACUCAGAUCUUCAAAUCGAAUUUUAGCAAAAUGAACGAAUCCUUCAGUUAUUUUAUUCAUUUGACCAGAAUAACUUUAAAAUGUCCAUUCCAAAUUCCUGCAAAACGUCUAUUAACACAAACCUUUUGUUAUAAUCUGAAGAAGGAAAAGUAAUAAUGCAUCUAAGGACAAAUGAUUAGAGAUAAACACGAUUAAUUCACCUUUGACGUCGGUUUAUUCAGUCUUCAGCCCUGGACAGGAAACACUGUGUUUUUCACCUGUUACUUAUUAACAGUGAACACAACAUGAACAAAUCCCCCGCUGUGACGACGUAUCAGUCCUGAGUCAUGUGAAAGACCGACCCCUCAGUACCAGAGCCCCAAAGUGAGAAAGAUCGCUGUUUAACAUCACCACAUCACCAUUUUCACCAUCAAUUUCAUUUAAUUUCUCGUUGCAUAUUUUUUGUUUGUUGAAAAGUAGUUUUAUACGACUGGCACAAAUCUGAAAUCAUUAAAUUGUAGUUCGCUAACUCAGGAUUAAAUUGUUUCCUGUUCUCAUUGCCCACAGUGUGCUAAGGCUAGCUUUGCCCAGGUGUCUGGCUUAGCAUCAAUUAAUAUCAAUAAUUCAAUUAAACUGUACUGCCUCUUACCUUUUCCCCUGAGAAUACUGAAUUUACCUUUUGUGUAUUUUCUUUGUGUUGAUUUUCAGACUUGUUUUCCUGUGUUUCCUGUUUCAGAGUUAAUCUGAAUACAGUUCUGAAUAAUCGUUUGCCCAAAUAAACCACCU